UUCCCCCUCCCCCUUCUUCCCUUUUUCCCAUCCCUUCCCCGGCAGAGCUCCCCAUAGAUGACCCCCGACUCCUCCUUAGAUCUCCUCUUCGACCCUUCUAUACUACCCGCUUCAGCUCAAGACGAGCUUGGGCCAGACCUCUAUCUUCGCCCACUUUCUUCUACCGAUGUUUUGAGGGGCCAUAUUGAACUUCUAUCUGUCCUUACGUCUGCCCCUCCUCAAUCUGUCAGCACGUAUGAGACGAUCUUCCAAGAGAUGAAGGCAAGUGCUGGUAUCUACUUUACAGUAGUGGUCGUUCAUCGGCUCUCCAAUCAGGUUGUGGCCUGCGGAUCUGUCAUUAUUGAGCGCAAAUUUGUUCGUAAUGCGGGGCUUGUAGGCCACAUCGAAGACAUCGCCGUGUCACAAAGCAUGCAAGGAAGAAAGCUUGGAAUGAAGAUUAUAAACACGCUGGUGGAUAUCGGACUUGCCCGAGGCUGCUAUAAAAUCAUCCUGGACUGUAGUGAGAAAAACAUCCCUUUUUAUGAAAAGUGCGGAUUCAAGCAGAAGGAAUUUCAAAUGGUUCGAUAUCUGUUGGAUCCUUCAGACGUUGUUAAAGUCCCUACGCCAUCGAAACUCUGACAGCCGUUUCCCAAGAAGUCCUGUUGUCAAUUGAGCUCCGAAGGAAUUGGUUGCUUCGUAUUGAAGUAAUAUAUAUUAAAUAAUGGAACGUUGGACGGUACAUGGACUUUUUAUCUUCAGAUGUGAUAAGAACACAUCAUCUAUGCAUAGCCGCUGGCUCGAAUCGUUCAG